AUGAAUCGUGAACGAAAUAUCGAUGUUUCUCGUAGCAAUUAUUCGGUGAUUGAUAAAGAAUUUGGAAAUAUUCGUGAACGUUUCGAAAAUGAAAUGAAACGAGUUGAAGAAGAAAUGCAACGUUUAAGAAGGGAAUUUGAAGGUUACACGCCUUCGCGUACUACAGCACCACCACCUCCACCAUCCAGUGAUAAUCGCCAAACAAGUUAUCAUAGAGAAGAAUCGAGGAGAUACGAAUCAUCUACGCAAGGUAAUUUACCAUCGCAUAUGGCUGUUGAUCGUGAUCGUUUCUUCCAAGAUUCGGAAAUGAAUAGAACUAUGAUGUCGACUCGACCCAUUUACGAUCCAUAUUUAGAGAAUUUGAAGUCACCACUAAUAAAAGAUGAAAGUGAUGGAAAGACGUUAAGACUUAGAUUCGAUGUCGCCCAGUAUAAGCCCGAAGAAGUUACUGUCAAAACAAUAGAUAAUCGACUACUUGUUCAUGCAAAACAUGAGGAAAAAACACCGCAGCGUACCGUCUUCCGCGAAUACAAUCAAGAAUUUUUAUUACCAAGAGGCACAAAUCCGGAACUUAUCAGUAGCACUUUGAGUACUGAUGGUGUACUAACCGUUGAAGCUCCGCUACCACAAUUGGCUAUUCAACGUUAA